CUGACACGGUCUAGCUACUGUUGCGCUUGAUGGUCUUUCGGACGUCUUACUUCUAGAAAUUUGCUAAGGGUAGUAGCACUCUCGCGUAGCGGGGGUACCGGGCCAUGUCGCCUUUCGCGGCCACAGUAUCGCCAUAACGCUGCUUUGAAACUGCUAACAAUCCGUGAGACGUGUUAGGGCUGACUUUUACGCACGAUAGACUGCGUUGGUCUCAAGGAUUGCGAUACUCGCCAUUGUCGAGUUUCCUGGGUCUUAAGUCAUUGUAAAAUCAACUUACGUGAGGGGUCAGCAGCCUCGAGACGAUUAGUCAAAAAGCUGACAGUGCACCAUAUGUGCCACGUUUCACUUAUCCAUCAAUGUGCAGAGAACGAAGACAGAGCUGCUACUUGAUCACUUCAUCACUGCAUCAGACUGCGUUUAGAAAGGUGCAAAUCGACGAGUACGCAGAAUAGCCAUGAACGACCAUAAUACUAUCAAUCACCAAGAGAAGCUUGUCGAGCACAUCAAAAGAUGCUAUCACGCAUACCGUCACACCCAAGAUAUCGACAGGAAGGGGUUGUUCUUCUCUCCGAGUUGCAUGCAGAUCUGCAGAACCACACCAUCUUAUUCUGCGACGAGUCGAGAGGAGAUUGUGCAGUAUCUAAAGGAUGCUCAGAAAGGCGACAUACCACUCGAGCAAGACUUGAAUGGAUCCGAAAACGUUGAGGACUCUUCGCAAACUGUGAGCAACGUCAAAGUAAGCCUGGGUGUGUAUACAAUCCGACCUUUGCGCGCAUCUGAGUGCGACUUUGGUGAUGGAGCCGUAACAUCACCUGUCCAUCUGACCCCAAAUGAGUUGAAAGCAAGAGCGACGGAGCAGAAUUGGGUUGGCAUGCGGGUCGAUCUCUGGGAUGAGGGUGUUGGCCAGGGACUACUGGUCAAAGUUCAAUACUGGUGGCGCCUGGAAACAAUCCCCGAUGAUGAGCGUCUGGAAUCUGAUACCUCUGAUAAGAACUGGAGGCAAUGCCUCCACGACAUCAUGUACAUUGGCCCUCGCGACGGGACCGAGGGUGCAGGAGGACUUCAGAUCUUGCAAUAAUCAUCGCAGGGCCGUGAGCAGCUAGAAAGAGGAUCUUGUAUUAGUCUCAUUCUGUCAUAAACCAUGUGCUGAAAAUUGUCUAAAGACCUUCUUUUAAUGACCGACCUUCGAAAUUCAGCAGCUUCCUCCAACUCGUUCCAAGCUCGCUCCGUACUACCCAUCCGUACAUUUAUAAGUCUUAAUUAAAUAAAUAACUAAAUAGCAGC